CAAACUCCAGCCAGCGUUCCGCACGGUUCUGCGUAGCUAGCACGCUAACGCUAGUCAAGCUUGGGUGUUUAGCGUUAGUCUUCUGAAGUUUUACAACACUUUUAACUUAACUUAGCAUUACCUUACCUUUACCGAGUGGUUUUCGCCAAAAAGAUGGACGUAUUACUCGAGGCACAGACCAAACCACUUUCUAUACUGUCUGCAUAUAGUUACAUCCCACCACGACGAAAGGAAGGAAAUUCGUACUUUAACAAAGACUCAACGGUCCCAGAAGUGUUCACGUACGACCAAGUGUUCCAACAGGAUGAGGGGUAUGACAUGAGACUGCAGCGAGAUGACAGAAAACACUUUAAAGGAAGAGGACUGGACAUAUAUGAGGAGGAGAAGUCCAGAGCCAUACCGGUGCGCUCCUCUGCGGAAUACGGCCGCCGUCCUGUUCCCCCCACCUACCAAACAAGCCGGCAGCACUCGCGCGUGGCUUGCAUAAAAGCAGAAUUUUUCAUGAAAAAUGGAAUCAUCCGGAAUGUGGCAGAAGGAUACGGAUCGGUGGUCCCUAAUUGAGUUUUUGUUCUCAUUGUUAAAAGAAUAAACUGGUGUUGUAGCGUG